CCUGGUCACACUGCCGAUGAAAGACGUAGGAUAUAAUAAACAAUAAAACAGAUAAGCAGAUAAGAUGCGCAAGUUAUCCAGCUUAGUGUGCGGUGCUGGCGCCGGUCUGGCGGCCUUCUACCUCAGCCGCAUCCGCGACCCCCAGCAGGCGGCCCACAGCUCUUGGACGAACAGCGAGAAGCCGGUGGAUGCCUGCGGCCUGUGGGACAGCAACUGGGAUUGCCGGGACCCUCGCCUUAUGGUGCGCCCCCUGAAGAACACCCUGCCAGAGGAGGAGAACCGCUUCAACUCCGACCUGGAGAAGGCCAAGCCCAAGAAGGCACGUCACAUCAUACUCGUGCGACACGGUGAAUACCUCGACGUUGGUGAAUCCGACGCCACACACCACCUGACCGAACGAGGCCGCAAGCAGGCAAAGUACACCGGUCAGCGGCUGUCCGAGCUGGGCAUCCAGUGGGACAAGGUGAUCGCAUCAACGAUGGUGCGCGCCCAGGAGACGGCCGACAUAAUACUCAAUGAGAUCAAAUACGACAAGGAGAAGGUGGUGAACUGCGUGUACCUGCGAGAAGGUGCGCCCAUUCCGCCACAGCCGCCGGUCGGUCACUGGAAGCCGGAAGCAUCGCAGUUCUAUCGUGACGGCGCCCGCAUCGAGGCCGCAUUCCGGCGCUACUUCCAUCGUGCCUAUCCCGACCAGGACAAGGAGUCCUACACCCUGAUCGUGGGCCACGGCAAUGUCAUCCGCUACUUUGUGUGCCGAGCACUCCAGUUCCCGCCGGAGGGCUGGCUGCGCAUCAGUAUCAACCACGCUUCCAUCACCUGGCUGACGAUCAGUCCGUCGGGAAAUGUGUCGAUCAAGUACCUGGGUGACACUGGCUUCAUGCCCGUCCCGCUGCUCACAAACCGCAUCCCCCGGGAUGCGAAGAACGUCGUCUAGUCGCUUUGGUUUCCAGCAAUCUACAAGUGAACUGCCUGCGUCGACUGCGAAGCAAUCCUAGUGUAUUAAAUGCCAAGCCUUAAAGCAACUAUGUAAACCCUGGAAGGUGGAGUCCUCCAGGAGUGAAACCUAAUCAGUACGGGUCGUAGUAACUAUAUUCUCCAUUAUGCUGUAAUCCUUCGAUCUAAACAGAAGCGAAACUUAAUAAAUUUUACACUUUUUGAAUACUAAGA